CACAAUACACACCUUGUAUAAGUGAGUUUUAACUUCCCGGUAGCGAGCACACAUCAGUAAAAAAGCUGCGUGAGAGCAGAAGGAAGACUUUUCCCAACUCGGACUUUGACACUUUUUGUCCAACAUGCUGCCGGCGCUCCUAUUUGUUGUGGUUUUGACCUCAUGUGUGGCACAGACCACUGAGACGACCACUGGGAUACCUCCAACUUCAACAAUGACAUCCACUGUGACGUCUCCAACUUCAACAACGACAUCCACUGUGACGAUUCCAACUCCACCAACAAAGACAACCACUGUGACGAUUCCACCAUUGGAACCCACUGUGACGCUUCCACCAUUGGAAAUUUUUGCCAUACUUGAGACGAGAGUUCAGUCCUCUCAAGUGUUGAAUGUCACAGACCUGCAUGCAGUUUUAGUGAAGAUCGCUGACCUAAUCUCUACGACCAACACAAGUGCCAUCGUCGCCCUCUCAGUCAAUAAGGUCAUCACUGUUUAAAACUUGCAGGUGAUUCUGCAGCAUCUGAUUAGUAUGUUAUCAAACAUACAGUAAGACUAAAAAUAAUAAUCAGUAAUACUCAUGACUGACUGAAUUGUUACUUUUUAAACAAUGAUUUUCAUAUGUAGUCCAAAUCAACUAUUUUGCAUGGUUUGUAUUUAUGAAUAGGCACUAUAUCAGGGGUCACCAACCUUUUUGAAACCAAGAGCUACUUUUUGGGUACUGAUUAUUGCGAAGGGCUACCAGUUUGAUACACACUUAAAUACAUUGUCAGAAAUAGCCAAUUUGCUCAAUUUACCUUUAACUCUAUGUUAUUAUUAAUAAUUAAUGAUAUUUACACUUAAUUGAACGGUUUAAAAGAGGAGAAAACACGAAAAAAAUGACAAUUAAAUUUUGAAACAUAGUUUAUCUUCAAUUUCGACUCUUUAAAAUUCAACCGGAAAAAAGAAGAGAAAAACUAGCUAAUUCGAAUCUUUUUGAAAAAAUUACAAAAAUAAUUUAUGGAACAUCAUUAGUAAUUUUUCCGGAUUAAGAUUAAUUUUAGAAUUUUGAUGACAUGUUUUAAAUAGGUUAAAAUCCAAUCUGCACUUUGUUAGAAUAUAUAACACAUUGGACCAAGCUAUAUUUCUAACAAAGACAAAUCAUUAUUUCUUCUAGAUUUUCCAGAACAAAAAUUUUAAAAGAAAUUCAAAAGACUUUGAAAUAAGAUUUAAAUUUGAUUCUACAGAUUUUUUAGAUUUGCCAGAAUAAUUGUUUUGAAUUUUAAUCAUAAUAAGUUUGAAGAAAUAUUUCACAAAUAUUCUUCGUCGAAAAAACAGAAGCUAAAAUGAAGAAUAAAUUAAAAUACAUUUAUUAUUCUUUACAAUAAAAAAAAAAUAAUUUACUUGAACAUUGAUUUAAAUUGUCAGGAAAGAAGAGGAGGGAAUUUAAAAGGUAAAAAGGUAUAUGUGUUUAAAAAUCCUAAAAUGAUUUUUAAGGUUGUAUUUUUUCUCUAAAAUUGUCUUUCUGAAAGUUAUAAGAAGCAAAGUAAAAAAAAUUAAUGAAUUUAUUUAAACAAGUGAAGACCAAGUCUUUAAAAUAUUUUCUUGGAUUUUCAAAUUCUAUUUGAGUUUUGUCUCUCUUAGAAUUAAAAAUGUCGGGCAAAGCGAGACCAGCUUGCUAGUAAAUAAAGAAAAUUUAAAAAAUAGAGGCAGCUCACUGGUAAGUGCUGCUAUUUGAGCUAUUUUUAGAACAGGCCAGCGGGCUACUCAUCUGGUCCUUACGGGCUACCUGGUGCCCGCGGGCACCGCGUUGGUGACCCCUGCACUAUAUGAUACACAAUGAUGAAAUAUUGCAACACAAUUAAAGAAUGCAUGCAGGAAAUGGAA